CGGCUUUCAGGCAAAGAGGAGGUUCUGAGACGAAUAGAGUGUGAAUUGCACUGAUGGAAAAGCUCUUUACAAAAAUAGGAUCUCCAUCAUACUUACCGACACCGGCCGAGGUGCUUGACGGCGUGCGAUGGCUGCGCGAGAACCCGGCGAUCGCCGCCGGUGUAGUGGUGGGGAUUACCAGCUACUCAGUAGCCAAGUACUAUGAGUACGGCGAGGAUAGUGACGGAGAGAACGACGAAGACAACCCAGCUAAUGGCCAAGUAAUACAGGAUGAGAUUGCAAGGUCCGUGACUGCGCUGCACCUCGGACUGCUCAAGAUCGACACGAAGAAGGACCUUCGACAUAGCGCCGCCGACAGCUCCGCCAGUACAGAGUCGUCUAUCGGUAGCUCAGGUGGACUCCGCUCGCGCGCCAGCUCCAUCUUCGACAAGGCCCAUCACGAGGACAUGCAAUUUCAAGAGCAUACCGGCGAGCAAGUCUGGUCCUGUUUGCACGAAGGAAAAUGUCCACCAGGAGAAGAGUGCAACGACCCCGCGUGGGGCUGGUUUGCACCUGCCAGCAAUUCAUCUUCAACUCGUUAAUUGAUCACAAGACCAAGCAAAACAAUAUUUAUGCAUUCACUU